AUGACGGCCAAAAAGGCGCACCCCGACGGAUUCCCCAAGACUCCUUUCUCUACGACACUUGGAUCUUUCUUCGGUAUCACACAGGCGUCCCCGCCCAUCACCAGCUUAUCCCCUUCGCCAUUUUGUCCUUCUGGAGCAGGCGGCAGCAAAACGGCAUUGGUCGCCGUUGGAAAUCCGAAGGAGAUGGGCCGCGAUGCAGCCGACGCGUUGCGGACAUGUAUGAUGCCCGAAAUUGCAUUUCAGAGAGUAUACGGAAGGAUUGAAGACCAGCUUGUGAGAACCCUCUGA